UGUUUUUUUUUUUUUUUUUUUUUUUUUAAAUCGGCAUGCUUUUCAAACAAACUGAAACAGUAUGUUAUCCAAAGGAAAAUGUAAGAUGGGAUCAAAUCCCGCCCGCAUGAUGCAAAAUGUAAAAACCCCAGGAGGAGGACCCUUUACCCUCGCAAAUGCCCAUAUUUCCAUUUCCAAUUCCCCAAAUCAACAAACGGGUUUUUCAUUUCAAUUUCACCGCGAAUGUCCUCUGAAGAUAUAGGGAUGGGGCCCUCCCACCCUCACCACAUGGUCUUCCAAGACGAAGCUUUGCCCCUGCGCUUCAAUUGCUCCGCCACCCAGCGCCGCCUCCCCGAUCACCCGGACCUCAAGACACAAAACCUCACCGGCUUCGUCGACGACAAGCUUUUCUUUUCGCCUCACCAAGGUGCCCACUUCCGCCGCAGCGACUGGAAUGCCAAUGGCACCGCCACCACGCCCAGCCCCGACGAAUCCGACGACGAAGACGAAGACGAAGACGAAGAAGAUGGCAAUGUUGAAGUUGAAAGACUUGUCGGUGGUCAUGAAGAAAGCGGCACUAACAACAACAGCACUGGCUACAAGAUCGAUAGAAAUAUCCAUGCGAAUACCUCCAAUGGCUGUGGCAGUGUGCAUGGUGGAACGGACAAGAUGGAAAAUGGGAAAGCCAAGUACCAUCAUUCCACUUUGGUAGGGUCGACUAGUAGUAGAGAGGUGUUGUUGAAGGACGGGAGCGUGAGUCAGUCGGCUAAUGACGCGACGAGCGAGGAUCAUCACCAUCAGCUGGGAAGCCUCAGGCUCGGGGGUUACCAGGAUGCGGUAACGAUUGCGGAACCUGAUCAUGGGGAGUUGUAUUAUUCUCAGUAUUUGCAGGCUACGGAGGGGUCUACUGCUGUUGCUGCUUCUGCUUCUGCUUCUGGGCACAAGGACACAGUUGUAGUUUUGGACAACAGUGGCGGGUUUAGUGGGAGAAAGGAUGUUUUCAUUUCAACCGAGUCCAAAGAGUCUCUAAGGGAAAUCCUCUCCGAUCCCAUAACAGGAGCUCUCAUGGAUGAUGCAAUGAUAUUACCUUGUGGACAUUCCUUUGGUGGUGGUGGAAUGCAGCAUGUUACCAGAACGAAGGCUUGCUCCACUUGUUCUCAGUCAAUUUCAGGAGACUCAAUAGCUCCAAAUCUUUCUCUGCGAGCUGCUGUGCAGGCAUUCCUUCGGGAAGAAGAAUUGCAGUUUUAUCGCUCAUCAAAAAGAAGAAGAGAAAGGCUUGACCAGGACAAGGGAGUUUAUGGUGAUUCAACUCUCAUGGAUACUCCAAGGGGUAGAGGUGUUCAGUUUCCAUUUGCAGUGACAGACAGGGUCAUCAUAAAGAUGGAUCAGGGGAACAAGAGGACGCCGCUGCGUUUUGUUGGACGUGAGGCUAUUGUAACAACACAAUGCUUGAAUGGAUGGUAUGUUGUGAAGACAUUGGACAAUGCAGAGAGUGUAAAAUUGCAGUAUCGUUCACUUGCCAAGGUUUCAGAUGACGCGUCCUCGAAGUCAAUGCCAAGCAAGAUGGCACCAAACUGGCUCUAGAACUGCAGCAUGCCAAAUGGCCAAAGUUGGACCGUAAAACAUGGUUACUAAUAUGCGACCUUGAAAUAACUUCACUCUAUCCUGGAAGUGGGUUAUUGUUUGUUCACAAGCGACUCCUGAUAUUUUGGCCUUGAAAGUUAAGGUGCGCCUUGUCAUUGCUGGUUGGAGAAAAAACCCGAAUGAGUUGAGGUGGGAACACAAUAUGUAAUAGUCAUCUUCACUCUACUCUUGCGAACAGCUGUCUCUAUAUUGAAGCAAAGCCUGUCUUUGAAAGGAAAAUGAAUGUUAUAACUUAUGGAAUCUUUUUAUAGUAUCCAACACUCAACAGUCAUCUUCGCUUUACUAAUAUGAACUCUUGUCUCUGUAUUUAAGUAAAGCGGCAAAGCCUGUCUUCGAAAGGAAAAUGAAUGUUGUGGAAUCGAUUUUUUAUUUGUUCUAA